GCGGACACACCGUGUGGCUGCCUGCCUCGGCUUCGGCCUGCAUCUGCAUGGUGUGUGUGAGCUUCCCCUGCACCCACGGCUCUCCUUCCCUCUCCCCUCUCCUUUAUAAGCUCCCACCCAAGCUUCCACUUCACCUCCACCACAAUCCGCACGGCCUCGCCUCCCUUGCGCCCUUGGCCCUUGCCUUGUUCAUCAUCGGUCGCCUCACCGCAGUUGAGCAAUCCUCGCUUCCUGUCCCUUCUUCUGCACCUUCUUCCUUGGUGAAGUAGAAGUCGAGCCGACCGAUCCUAUCCAGAUAUCCACUCCAAGCUCGUCUCUUCAAUCCAAAGCAAAACAAAGAGAAAGAUCCAGGAGAAACGGCCGAUCGGGACAUCGAUCUCCCAAGCUAAACAAACCGCGCUUCCUUCUUAGCCUCUGCUCUGUUCUUGCCCGUGAACACCACGAGUACCAAGCACCGAGAAACUAGGAGAGGAAGGAGGAGGAGGAAGAAGCCUCUCCGUAGAAUCAACCGAUCGAUCGGGGGUCUUGAUCUUGGCCAGCGAGAAUGCGGCAGAUCUCGUCCAUGCUGCAGGGGCUGGCCCGCUCCAUGUCUCUGGGAAAGGAGAGGAAGGAGGCGGAGGAGCCGCAGGGGACGGUGCUGCGCUCGUCGGGGACGCUCUGGGGCGAGGGCUCCGAGACCUUCGCCGCCGCGUGCUCCCGCCGCGGCGAGAAGGGCACCAACCAGGACACCUCCAUCGUCUGGGAGGGAUACGGGUGCCAGGACGACACCAUCUUCUGCGGCGUCUUCGACGGCCACGGCCAGUGGGGCCACUACGUCGCCAAGGCCGUCCGGGAGUCGCUGCCGCAGCAGCUGCUGUGCCGCUGGCAGGAGGCCGUCGCGCUGACGUCGCUCAUCGACGGCGAGAAGAGGCUCGGCGACUGCCAGUUCGACCUCCUGAGGCAGUCCUACCUGGCAGCCGCCGCCGCCGUGGACGAGGAGCUCCGCCGAAGCCGGCGCCUCGACGCCGUCAACAGCGGUUGCACGGCUCUGUCCAUCGUCAAGCAGGGCGACCUGAUGGUAGUCGCCAACGUCGGCGACUCGCGGGCCGUCCUUGCGACCACAUCGGACGACGGGGACGUCACGGCCGUCCAGCUCACCGUCGACUUCAAGCCCGACUUACCCCAGGAGAAGGCGCGCAUCAUACAGUGCGAGGGCCGCGUGCACUGCCUCGACGACGAGCCCGGCGUGCACCGGGUGUGGGUGCCCCACCGGGAUGCGCCGGGGCUGGCCAUGUCGCGGGCCUUCGGCGACUACUGCGUCAAGGACUACGGCGUCAUCUCGGCGCCGGAGGUGACGCAGAGGAGGAUCACCGCCCGAGACCAGUUCGUCAUCCUGGCCACCGACGGGGUCUGGGACGUGCUCUCCAACGAGGAGGCCGUGCGGAUCGUGGCGGCCACGCCGGACAGGGAGAAGGCGGCGAAGCGGCUCGUCGAGUGCGCCGUCCGCGGGUGGAGGCGCAAGCGGCGGGGCGUCGCCGUCGACGACUGCUCGGCGGUCUGCCUCUUCUUCCACUCGCCGGCGCCCUGAACGAGCUGCCCCGAGACCGCGAUUGCAUUGCCAUCAGGGCGAGGGGAAAGCGACCCGUCCACUUGCCGGUAGAUCGAUCGAUCGGUGCGCGACGUCACCGUCCGAGAGAGACGACCAGAAGGUGCAGUUCGCGCCAUGAUUGGGACGCUGCACGAAUGACCGGGGCGGUGGGUCGACUGCUGCCGGUGGAUCACCGAAAAAUUCUCCGGUUUUGACACGCUGCUUGCCGAAAUGUACGAGGAUCAACGGCAGCCACUAGCAAAUGGCAGAAGAAACAAGACGCACCUUGUCCUUAUUUU